CGAGGCUGAUUGAGCCCAGGAGCAAGUGCUCUGUCAUGGGAAGGCGGAGUCGUGGCUUCCGUGGGCUAGAGCCUUUGCAGAAACCAGAAAUGGAGCCGAAAGUUGGCAAUUGUACAUCUGGCUUCCAACUAAGUUCAACAUCAGAUGAUGAUUCUGGAUGCGCCUUAGAAGAAUACGCCUGGGUUCCUCCAGGUCUUAGACCAGAACAGGUUCAGCUUUACUUUGCUUGCCUGUCAGAGGAGAAGGUCCCAUAUGUUAACAGUCCUGGAGAAAAAUAUCGAAUUAAGCAGCUUCUCUAUCAGUUACCACCCCAUGACAAUGAGAUGCGAUACUGCCAGUCUUUAAGUGAAGAAGAGAAGAAAGAACUUCAAAUAUUUAGUGCACAACGUAAGAAAGAAGCACUGGGGCGAGGCGCAGUCAAAUUACUCCCUAGAGCAAUAAUAUAUGCACUUUGUGAACAGUGUGGUACAAAAAUAAAUGGAGGUGAAGUUGCAGUAUUUGCUUCAAGAGCUGGGCCUGGAGCAUGCUGGCACCCAUUCUGUUUUGUAUGUUUUACAUGCAAUGAACUUCUUGUUGACCUAAUCUAUUUCUUCCAAGAUGGAAAAAUUCAUUGUGGUAGACACCAUGCUGAACUGCUGAAGCCACGAUGUUCAGCAUGCGAUGAGAUCAUUUUUGCAGAUGAAUGUACAGAAGCAGAAGGUCGUCAUUGGCACAUGAAACACUUCUGUUGCCUUGAGUGUGAAACCGUCCUUGGAGGACAGAGGUAUAUUAUGAAGGAUGGACACCCAUUCUGCUGUAGCUGCUUUGAGUCUCUUUAUGCAGAAUAUUGUGAGACUUGUGGGGAACAUAUAGCAAGGACAGAUUUUUUGUUCUAAAUCAUGCAGUCUGAGAGAGGAUGUUCAUGCUUCAGAUUCUUCUGAUUCUGCUUUCCAGUCUGCCCGCUUGAGAGACUCCAGAAGAAGCAUUCGUAUGGGAAAAAGCAGUCGAUCAGCAGAUCAGUGCAGACAA